GAGGUAACAUUCCUACAAAAUCUUAUCCAAGACAAAAACUGCUGCCAUUCGACUUUGACAAGCUUGCACGGACGUCUUAGUACUGUUUGUCACGAACAAGACACCCUCAAAUCGCUCCAUCGUUCAGCGGAUGUUGGCGAACGCUUGGCGCAGUCGGAGCAACAACGACCCUUUCACACGCGCGUCCUCCGCGCUAAGCUGUGAGAGAAGUCCGUUACUGUGUAGCGCUGUGUGGAGUCUCUCGCUCCGCUCAGAUACUUGGGAGAGAUUUUGACCGGCAGUGUGCAGCCGUUGAAAGAGCAGAGGAGGGGGUUUUGUCACGUGACCUGUGUUUAUGCAUCACUGACUGUGUGUCCACACGAGCUGUACGGUCAAUAUGGAAGGUGAGGGUUGCCGAAGUGGAAAUCUGACCGUUCGGAGUGAUUGAACGCAGCUUUAGUCUUUUCCGGAACUAUUGGAUAAAAAACUUGUGACUGUUUUUUUUCAUUGGAACACCGUGAUAUUACUUUGGAAUCUUCGAAACAUGUGGAUUGUCAUUGUAGCAGUUGUGGCUUAUAUCAAAGUGACCCUUGCCGCCCAGGAUCCGACUUUUGAGACACCCGUGGUUAAUGUGACAGUCGUUGAAGGCGCGACGGCGGUGUUGCCAUGUAAAGUCAGUCACCUGGGACGUCACAAGGUAGCGUGGACUGACCAGUGGUCAACGCUUCUGGCGUUCAUGGACACGAGAAUUAUCGACGAUGAACGUAUCUCCGUGGACCGACCUUUCGGCAACGACUGGAACCUGCACAUCUCGGGGGUGAAGCUCGAUGACCAGGGUAUUUACAACUGUCAGCUUAACACCAAGCCGGUCAAGAUACAAACAGUCGUCCUAAAUAUACUUGUUCCUCCGAGGAUCUUGGGGGCGCAGUCGGAUACGGAGGUUGUGGUAAACGAGGGGCUGUCGGUCAGUCUGUCCUGCAAUGUGUCCGGAAUACCUCGGCCCACGGUCAUGUGGUACAAAAAACCCACACAAAUAGGUCAAACGAAAGAGAGUGAGUUCUGCCCAGCAACAUCUAGAAUCGGCUUCUCUGGUGAGGUUUUGAUGAUCCAUAACGUCACUCGCUACUGCGGCGGCAAGUACGAGUGCGUGGCUGACAACGGCGUCCCCCCAGCCGUCAAACGUCAGAUCAACGUGGGGGUCAAAUUUCCGCCAGAGAUUCAUAUUCAUAACAAAAGGAUUGGUCAAGUGCGAGGCAAGGAUACGAUCCUCGAGUGUGUGGUAACGGCGCAUCCCCAGGGUGUCAGUGUGUGGAAGUUUGAAAAUAGACCACUGCCCACGACCAUGCAGAAGUAUCGAGUGGAGGUGUUUGAGGAAGGAAGUCACACAAUCACACUCAGCCUCCGGAUCAGCCAAUUGAGUGAAGAUGAUUACGGAGAAUACACAUGCGUAGCGUCUAAUUCUAUGGGCAGCGAUUCUAAAAGAACGCUUCUCUACGAGCAUAUAAUACCUACGAAACCACCUACGACAACUACCACGACGACGAAAGCAACAACAACGUCUUUGCGACCGACGCCCGCUAAGACGCCUGGCGCCUAUGAUUACGAGAACGGACCACCCGAGUACAUACCCAGGCCCAAGUUAAAACAGGUCCAUCCGCUACUACCAGGCAGUAACAAUGACCCGCUUGCCGUCUCCGGCUCCGCAGGAAGUAAAGGACCAGAUUCAGGAGCAAAGAAAAAUUCAGCUUUCAUAAUAGUUGUCCUGAUGUGUAUAUUUUCUCUGAUAAAUCCCGUUUAAAGUGUUGUGGAAUGAUGAUUGUAUUUAUCUGUACAGAAUAGUAUGACUAUAAGAUGAGUAAAUGUACACUGUUUCUUGAUGGCGUGCAAUAUGAUACAUAGUAAGUCCAGUAAGUAAUAUGUUUAUUUUACGGUUAUAUUGUGCGGCUAAAUCCUAAUAAUAAACAUCAUAAUGUGUAUCUCGACAAACACGUUCCAAUACAGUAAACUGCGGUUAUAACGAACUCAAAGGGACCACUAAUUUUAGUUCGUUAUAGCCGUAGUUCGGUAUAAGCAUAUAUACAGCGUAUAUACAGAAAAUGAACGGGAUCCAAACACAUUUCGUUAUAUCCGUCAGUUCGUUAUAAGCGUGUUCGUUAUAAACGUAGUUUACUGAAUUUGAAACAUUCCGCGUUUUGUGUAUUCUGGUGCUCAAUUAAAAUGAAAGAAGCAGAGAAGCGCUCGUAAAAUGAUAACGACACGUAAUGUGUUGGUCGAGAUUGGGAUGUUGACAGUGGAUGGAGGUGGAGGUAUAAAUACUAUGACGGUAAUGAAGACUGGUCGUUUAUCUGGCGAGGGGUGGCUACAGCAGACUCCCUGAGGAGGCUUUAAGCUAUAUAUUUAAUGUAUUUCAUCGUGUUAUGUGCAAAUGCACGUGCAACUAUUUCGUCUGAAGCUAUGUGUCCUUCAGAGUGAGUGAGUGAGUGAGUAUGGUUUUACGCCGCUUUUAGCAAUAUUCCAGCAAUAUCACGGCGGGGGACACCAGAAAUGGGCUUCACACAUUGUACCCAUGUCGGGAAUCGAACCCGGGUCUUCGGCGUGACGAGCGAACGCUUUAACCACUAGGCUACCCGACCGCCCCUUGUGUCCUUCAGAAAUAUAAGACCGUGCUAUCAGUUGCAAUGACAAGUAAUCCUUUGUGCUCGAUAAAAAAGUAUCUUAAUUCUUUGGAUUAUUUUCCGUGGCCAAGUCAAGAUGGACUAAUCGUAGGUUCGAAUCCCAGCAGAUGGUGGUCCUUGGAUCGUCAGCACCAGACACGCGUGGAUCGCACGGAACGCGAUCUUUGAAGAUGUAGCGUUAUAUCGGGGAAGUCAUACAAGACGGUAUAAUAAAAAAAUCUCAUUCCUUUUUUUCAAAUUCAUCACUACAUCGAAACAUCCAACUACAACACUUUUAGCGGAUGACCCAGAAGGUGAAACUGACGGAAUUCGUAAUACAGAUUUACGUCCCUUAAUCCUUCAAGGAUGCGCUGCUCGUGGGUUCAAAUCUCUGUGUAUGAUCGGUAGUUUAUCAACACCUUUCCACUGCUCUUUAGGUAACUGAAUACAAAGUUGCUUAAUAACCCAACUCACUCACUAACUCGCGACUUCAGGGUGACAAAAUCAAAGAUCGCACAAAUAUUAGUCCAAUCACCUGUAUGGAGAGGGCACGGGUGGCCCAGUCGUCUAAGGCGCCGCGAUUCGCUGUGCAGAGUUGCGUCCCCUGGUCACGCCAGAAACCUAUGAUUGUGGGUUCGAAUCCCGGUUCACCCCGAUUAUGUUUCUAGG